GGCGUGUCGUUGGCGUAGUUCGGCGGCCGCGCGGCUGGAACCAGCUGGAAGGGAUACAGGUAGAAGCAGCUGGUGGAGAGAUGGAGAUGGAGUCAUACUAUGCCAAGCUCUUAGGGGAGUUGAACGAACAGCGCAAGAGGGACUUUUUCUGUGACUGCAGCAUCAUUGUGGAAGGGCGGAUCUUCAAAGCCCACAGGAACAUUUUGUUUGCCAACAGUGGCUACUUCCGGGCCCUGCUCAUUCACUACAUCCAGGACAGUGGGCGGCACAGCACUGCAUCCCUGGACAUCGUCACCUCCGACGCCUUCUCCACCAUCUUAGAUUUCCUCUAUUCAGGCAAAUUGGACUUAUGUGGGGAGAACGUGAUUGAAGUGAUGUCAGCUGCCAGCUACCUGCAGAUGAACGAUGUGGUGAACUCCUGCAAGACAUACAUCAGGUCAUCGCUGGAUAUCUGCCGAAAGAUGGAGAAGGAGGCUGCUGUGGCGGCUGCAGUGGCAGCAGCGGCGGCAGCAGCAGCAGCCGUUGUUCAUCAGGUUGACAGCGGAAGUGCCAAUUCAGGCAGGGAAGGGACCUCCUGUGACACCAAGAGUGUGGUUUCCUCUUCUGCUGAGGGAGAAGAGAGUGGGGACUGUCCACAAGAGUCUCCCUGUGGUGACUGCAGAGGCUGCCACCCCCUGGAACUGGUUGUCAAAGACGGCCAUGGGAGCAGCUCCACUGACAGUGGCCUCUCCACUCUGCCCAAGCAGAUAGAGCCCAAGGUGGAGUUUGACGCUGAGGAAAUAGAGGUGGAGGUGGGGGGCCAGUUACAGCAGUUUGCAGCCCCACUGAGCCUGGCUCACAUGGAGGAGGGCUUGCCCAGCGCCCAGGCUGUUGACUUGGCUUGUAGCAACUACCACAUGAAGCAAUUCCUGGAAGCACUCCUUCGAAACAGUGCUGUCCGGGGCAAAGAUGAUACGGACCAUCACUUUUCCAGGAGCUUGGAGGGAAGACCAGAUGGUGCAGGACUAGCUGCAAACUCCAUGAUGGAUGUCCAGACUGACUGGUAUGGAGAGGACUCAGGUGAUAUGCUGGUGGUCCCCAUUAAGCUCCACAAGUGUCCUUUCUGCCCUUACACUGCCAAACAGAAGGGCAUCCUUAAGCGGCAUAUUCGUUCACACACGGGUGAGCGACCCUACCCCUGUGAGACCUGUGGCAAGAGGUUCACUCGACAGGAGCACCUGCGGAGCCAUGCCCUGAGUGUCCACAGAUCCAACCGUCCCAUUAUUUGCAAGGGCUGCAGAAGAACCUUCACAAACCAUCUGUCCCAGGGGCUGCGGCGCUUUGGGCUGUGUGACAGUUGCACCUGCGUCACAGACACACAUGAUGACGAUGAUGAUUUGAUACCCAUCAACCUCAGCCUGGGAGAGGCUUCAUCCGAAAGCCAAGAAAAGAGUGACACAGACAACGACUGGCCAAUCUAUGUGGAGUCAGGGGAAGAAAAUGACCCUGCUGGAGAUGAUUCUGAUGACCGACCACAGCUUCUGUCCAACUUCUCAGAGAGAGAGACUCUAACGUAGCAGCAAAUUGGUGGGGAAGAGGUGUUAGCAUUUGUCACCGUUCAUUCUGUGGCUGGGAGCCACCACUGUCCAAUUUUGUGGAACCCCAAGAGGAGCUUUUGUUUUUUCAUUGUUAGUAUGUUUGCACUUUUGUUUUUUGUUAGACUGCAGUAAAUCAUCCCUUAA